GCACACGUAACACUGAGGCUCCUUCUUCUCUCUCUGCAGGAACAUGACAUUGAGACAGCUUUUGGAGUGGUCCAUGUCACCAUGCGGGGCACACCCAAGGGGAACAGACCUGUCAUCCUCACAUACCAUGACAUUGGCCUCAACCACAAAUCUUGUUUUAACACGUUCUUUAACUUUGAAGACAUGCAAGAGAUCACUCAGCACUUCGCCGUGUGCCACGUGGAUGCACCAGGCCAGCAGGAAGGAGCACCCCCAUUCCCAUCCGGGUACCAGUAUCCCAGUAUGGAUGAACUAGCUGAAAUGCUGCCUGCUGUUCUGACACACCUGAACCUAAAAAGCUUCAUUGGGAUUGGACUGGGAGCUGGCGCUUACGUCCUCAGCAGGUGUGCACUCAGCCACUCCGACCUGGUGGAGGGACUCGUUCUCAUUAAUGUUGAUCCAUGUGCGAAGGGCUGGAUUGACUGGGCAGCAUCCAAGUUUUCAGGCUGGACAACCAACAUAGUGGAUAUUGUCUUGGCGCAUCAUUUUGGCCAUGAGGAACUGCAGGCAAAUCUAGAUUUGAUCCAAACAUACAGGCUUCAUAUUGCUCAGGACAUUAACCAAGAUAACCUGCAGCUGUUCCUCACCUCCUACAACAGUCGUAGAGACUUGGAAAUUGAGAGACCAGUUCUUGGCGUCAACGAAAAUACUGCAAAAACACUCAAGUGCCCUGUCCUGCUGGUGGUUGGUGACAACUCGCCCGCCGUGGAAGCAGUGGUUGAAUGCAAUUCACGUCUUGACCCAACCAAAACUACGCUUCUGAAGAUGGCCGACUGCGGGGGCCUGCCCCAGGUGGUCCAGCCUGGCAAGCUGACUGAAGCCUUCAAGUACUUUGUGCAGGGAAUGGGCUACAUGCCAGCGGUGACGAUGACCAGGCUGAUGCGCUCCCGUACCCACUCCUCCUCUAGCGUGGGCUCUGGCGAGAGCAGCCGCAGCCGGUCUCACACUAGCAACCACGGUGAAGAAAGUGCUGGAACCCCAGAAGGAAUCGACCUCCAGAAUGCAUCUCAAACCAUGGAAGUAUCCUGUUAG